ACAGGGGCACUAGCUUUUGCAUUUGCAAAUGUUCUGACAGACCCAAAUGAUUCAAGAUAGAAAGAUGAUCAUCUGGUGUAACCUUUGACAAGUUGUUGCUCUUCUCCGUGUUCCGUCCCAUGUUGGUGCAAAAUCCAUGUCGGGAAUCAUCGAUUUGGUAGUCUAUGCCCUUAGUUAUACGCAUUGCUUUUAGAAUCAGAGGGUGGUAGGUUAUGGUCAUCGAAAGAGUGUGUGAGACGGGACUAAUCUGAAGCAUUCUUUUCCAAAAGGAAUUUGUUGAACAAACCAACCAUAAGAACAUGGAGGCAGCUGGAAUCCUUUUCCCAGCAUGCUUAUUGCUCAAGAGGAGUGCACUGCUGUUCUGGGGCCUCCUCCUGGUCAUUGGCUUCAUGACAAUUGUACCAUUACUGGUUCUGGGCGAAGCAUCUUCUGUGCAAACGACCAACACCUUGCAAGAUCCGAGAGUGAUGCGACUUUCAGCAGAGUGGCAGCCGCGGCGAAUUCUGCAAGACCGACAGUCCCCCAAAAGCUAUCCACCUCCAGAGGCCAAUGCGCUUUUCACCCCUCGCCGUUCAUCUCCACCAGCGCACAAGAAUGUGAACCGGGGCGCGAAGGGGUCCUCUCCAAGCCGGUCGAAGCCACCUCCACGCGGUUAAUUUAAUUCGGAGAUCUGUGAACGGAGUCGAAACGACAGAAAAAUUGGAAGAAAAAUUAUCAAAACUCGUGUAAAUCCUUGUAAUUUUGUAGCGAGGCUAGAAGUUCCGCCCAGUGCAGAGCAGCUCCACGGGGGGGCAUUGCAGUCCAAACAGUUCGUAGCAUAGAACCACUACAAGUUGAGCUGAUUCUACCGCACGAGUGUUGCGUCUGGGCAGCUCGAUGCAUGGACAAGCUCCAGAAAAGGGCCGAAAUCUGAUCAGCCACUGCAGUCCUCUAAAGACGAAACUCUACCAUCACGCAUAUAUCAACACAGAUAUCACUAUUUUUGCAGCAUAAAAAGAAUUUGACCUUACCAUCUAAUUUUUUUUAAAUAAUAAAUAUUAUCUUACAAGAUAAAAAGUUAUACAUAGAAUCUAAUAAAAAUAUGUUAAUACUUAAAGGAUUUUUUUAAAGCAUGCA